CGAAACUAGGAAUGCCUCAAUUCCUGUCAUCAAAAGCUCAGAGCUUGCUACGCGCAGUCUUCAAACGUAAUCCCAACAACCGCUUAGGGAAGCCACCAUUGGAUUAUAUAGAAAUAAAGAAUCACGACUUUUUCGCCACCAUUGAUUUCGAUAGACUAGAACAAAAGGCGUUGAAACCUCCCUUCCGACCUACAAUCGGUACGAACGAACUGCAUUACUUUGACACUGAGUUCACUGAUAAGGUACCUAGUGAUUCCCCUUCCGCUCCAGUCAGCGCUGCAUCUCAUCAGAUAUUCAAAGGAUUCAGCUACUGCGCUGCCAAUCCUACAAAAGAAGAUAAGACAGAGGAUAUAGAUAUUCACAACAUGAAGAAAAUUCCCUUUACUAAAAGUACCCCAAUAUCUGAGGAGUAUGAAGUGUUAGAUGUUACACUGGGCUACGGAUCUUUCUCUCAGGUUCAACAGUGUAGACACAUAAAGUCAGGAGUGGACUACGCGGUCAAGAUAAUAGACAAGUUUAAGUACGAUCCUGAAGAAGAAGUGCAGAUCCUGUUGCGAUACUCCACUCACCCCAACAUUAUCAGUUAUAAAGACGUAUUCGAUGAUGGCAGGAAGGUAUGGAUAGUUCUAGAGCUUAUGCAGGGAGGGGAACUGUUGGACCAGAUAGUAGACGCACAUGCUUUCAGUGAGCGUGAAGCUGCGGAGAUCAUGUACAGUGUGGUUAAAACUGUCAACUUUCUUCACCAAGAGGGGGUAGCUCACAGAGAUUUGAAGCCCAGUAACAUAAUGUACUGUGACAAGUCAUACAAACCUACCUCUCUCCGGAUCGUUGAUUUCGGGUUCGCCAAGGAGCUGAGAUCAGAAAACGGCCUACUGAUGACCCCCUGCUAUACCGCUAACUUUGUAGCCCCAGAGGUAUUGAAGCAGCAAGGUUAUGAUGCUGCCAUUGACAUUUGGAGUUUGGGAGUCCUUCUUUACACUAUGUUGUCUGGGCAUACUCCAUUCGCAUUGUCAGACACAGACAGUCCGGAGACAAUUCUAGAACGAAUAGGAAAGGGAGAGUUUGACAUGACCGGCCGUCUUUGGGAGUCAAUAUCCAGCAACGCAAAGGAGCUUAUCAAACUCAUGCUGGAUGUAGAUCCUAGGCGUCGGAUCACUGCUCAGAAAUAUAUCACACUCGUGGAUAGCUAAACGUGACAAACUUCACCUUCAAAAUUGCGAGAACGGGAAAGAAACUCCAUCAAGGAUAGCCAUUGCCAGAUUUUUUUUAUUUUUAAAAACGUAAUUCUUUCAUCACAUUUCACCUGGACUUGGGGGACUGGUCCGUAUUUUAAACUCUGUUAUGACGCGAACCAAUUCACCUUACCUCAAAAUAAAGACUGUUGUUUCAGAAAAUGGUUGAAGCUACCUUCUCAGCCCUAAACAUCUCCACUCCGGUCGAGUUGGCUCCAGUCCAAUCUUCCUUCCUAGCCCGCCGUCGCAAGCAGAAAAACCUGUAGCCUAAAACCGACAGUAUAUGUACGUGAUCUGAUGUGUGACAGACUAGCGACGAAGUACAUUUUGUUCAGUCAUCGUGAUCUUAAACCGGGGUAUUAUUAAUGACUUGAAUGUAAAAUAUUUAUAUCUACAAGUAAAGGCCCGCAACACUCAAUACUGGUCAUGCGCGGCGCUUCCAUUGGUUCCCGCGGAGGAAAUCUCCCGUGACUUGGUCUUUGGAACGUUGGACUCAGAUUAACCUCUAUAAGCUCUGAUAUUCCUCCUGAACGAGUCAGUCCUAACGAUUCUGUUGAAGUCUCCGUGUUGGUAUCUCUUGCUGGUCCUUCACAGUGUACGGUUUUUCGUUUGGUUUAAGUUUGUUGGCUGAUUCUAUUGCUAUAUAAAUACAUGGGCCGGUCUGAAAGACAUCUCCCCAUUCAUUACGAUAUCAUUAAUUUAAGUUUAUAGGUAUGAGCCGAUUAAUAUACAUCAUUAUAUAUAUCAUCAAAUUAUUUAUACAGAAUUUAUUUUUAUUAUCUGACUGCCUAGUAACUCAUUAAUCCUGUACAUAACCUAUACAGUGAAAACUACCGAUAUCAAGAACAUCACAAUUAUUUGAUUCUUCGUGUUACGCGAAUUAUUUAAGGAUUUGUUUUAUGAAAAAUUGUCACGCUUUAUCCACCUUUUUGUCGUACAUUAUGGACCUUUUUAUAGACGACUCCUAUUUGAGUUAUUUUCCCCUGUAAUGAGUAAGAUAAGGGCCGCAACAAAAAAAAAUUUUUAAAAUCAUUUUGGCGCUCCCAGUUUUGGUUCGUCUCAAAAAGGGCCGAUGAGGUAUUUUGUUAACUUAAACUGUAAUAUUGAUGAAAUUGUAAUUUUUACGACACUUUGUUAAUAAUGAUAUCACGUUCAUUUUCUAUGAAAUUAUUUAUCACAAUCACUAACAACUUAAUUAUUUAGCUAUGGUAUUUAGUUACUAAAUACCAUUUGAGCUGUCCAGAUUAUCCUAACUUCUUGGAUACCCUUAUUUAACGUAUGGUCUCUUCACUGUGAUUCUCAGUUACUUUUUCUGUAAACUCCAUCUCCUUUAUUAGCCCCAGUUUUGAGUGCUAGUGGACAGGGUGCUUCAAACAAUCCGAAUUGGUUUACCCUUCACUCCUGUCGGCUUCAUAAAGCUAGGAGUUUUAUAUUUUGUAUGUUUUGAACGCUGAAUUUGGUUUUCGUUUUAAUUUCCAGGCUUGCCGUCCCAAUUUUUCACUUGCUGCCUUACUGUUAUACAUUAUUAUAGAGCGUGCGUAUAUUCUUGACUUGAAUUAUGAAAGGCUAUCUUGGUACUAAUCUAGGAGACAGUAAAUAUUAUGCUAAUGUAUUAUGUCACUGUAAUAUUAAUGAUGAUCACGUUGUCAUUGUAUUAAUCCUUCCUGUGUCUCUUAAAUGAUUUCAUUCCCUAUUUCUCGAGAACCGUUUGUCGUCUAGAUAAGAAAAUCUUGUAUCCGAAUUUCUGAAAAUUAAAUUAGGAAUUUGCAAAUUGUUGGAACAAACUAUAUAUUAAAGUCACUAUUGUGCAGUUUUUUCAGGAACUUUUUUGUGCCCUUUAAAGCUCGCAUACGAAUUCCACAGGCUAAGAAAUUUUUUAAGGACAUUUAAAACACAAAAUUCUUAUCGCUGAACAUCACCUUUCAAUUUUAUGCAUAAAUAAUGCGAAAUUGGACCACCCAAGGAUGCAAAAGUACAUCCCUAUGGCAGCAAAUGUUUUCCAGAGAAAUUUUCUAAAUCUAAAUGGUUUUGCUAGAUAUAAGUGAUUGGAGUCUUUAGAGACAUGGGAAGCAUAUGGAUGGGUGUAUUGGUGCGGUAAUCCGUGGGUAGGCGAUGCAAUUUAGUUACACCACAGUUAUCGGUUUAUUAAACUUUUACUGCCACGUGCCUUGUCUGUCCACGGUUUGCUGCACCCGUUAUUUUAUUGUUCUGAUAGAGCUGGCUUAUUGAAGUCCUCGUCUGACCGA